UUCAUCUGCAGCGGGAAGGACGAGAAGAGGGGCUGAGCUCUGGGGAGGCGGCGGUCAGGGCCAAACCCUAACCCGAACCCCCGCCCUCACCAUCCUGGCUGUGCAGUACGGUGGGCUCAGGGAGCCGCAGGACCGCACCCGCUGAGCCCCGAAAGUCCCCGGAAGCUAGCGCUGCGGGCCUGGCACGUGACCGGCCUCACGUGACCAGAGAGCAGGUGACCUACCCCUCAUGUGACCGGAUGCGGGGCGCUGUGGAAGGAGGCCGGGCCGCUCUCUGAGGUACGCGAGUUAGAAGAGCCCUGCACUCCCAUGGGUGGACUUACAGAUUAUCAUACUAAGUGAAUUCAGCAUGACUUUCCCUGGAUGCAAUACCUGCAAGGACUCCUGCUCAUCACAAUGGAGAAUGCUCUUCUGGGUAGCCUCAUGGUUUUAGCCACCUUGGCGACUUCAUGCAACGCCCAGUGCUAUAUCAUAUCUAAUCAGAACUCUACACCUAAUAAAUGCAAGGAUCUCAAUGGAGUCAUACACCCGCUGAACUCAAAGUGGAAGACUGAGAACUGUGAGGAGUGUACUUGUGACCAAGGUGGAAUUCACUGUUGCAACACUGCUGCUGUACCUGUGGAUUAUGACACAAACAAGUGCCAGAUAAUCUUCAACAAGGAGACCUGUACCUACUCAGUGGUGGAACAGGAGGACCCAGGAAAGACUUGUGCUGUCAGUGUAUGGGUGUUAUAAUGUGCUUCUCAUGGGCCCAGAACUCCCAGCCUGCAGGGGGCGCCCAGGUUCUCCCAGGCCAGGCGUCAUUCUCCUAUGGCCUCUGAUAGUCUAUGAUUGUAUAACCCCACCUAUCAGUCAAAAAUGUUUUGAGCAAACACUUGAAUAUGUGUAUACUUUUAGUUUAUAAAUUAUGUAUGUAUUGAUAAUACACACAUUAUAAAGCAUGUAAACAUUUAAAGGAGACAAAAAUAAAUAUGAAUAGAAGUUAUUUUCCCUCCACUCCCAUAGAUCAUUGUGCAUCCCUUACUCAGGGGAACACUGCUGCUUCUCUUGCUUCUGAUAGAUGUGUGCUCUGCUGCCCCAGUGUCCCACUAUCUGGUGAAAAAUUCAAAAUAUAAAUGUGUCUUCAAGAUGAAAUCAGAUCCUCUAUUUUCUUUGAGGUUUUCAUGUUUAUCCUUCCUUCCUGUUCUUCAGAGAGUAUCUGCUGUGUCCCUCAUAUAAAUCUGUGUUUGCCUGAGGUUAGAGCAGGUUAGAGCAGGAUAGCUUGGAAGAAGUGCCUCUAAGCCCAUUUGCAGCCCAGUGGGGUGUUAAGAGGCCAGGAGUCCUGCCUUGUAGAUGGGGAAUGGCUUGGGUG